AUGGUGUCUGAUUCCGAUCGAGAUAUUGUUUCUUGGAAUGGUGUUGGUGAUAGCUUCACCAUCAAGGAUAUUGACGCGUUUCAAAAGCACAUCCUACCAAAAUACUUUAGUCAUUCGAAAUUCAGCAGUUUUGUCCGCCAACUCAACUUCUACGGCUUCCAAAAGUUGUCACAGGACACUGAUAUCCGAAUCGCUGUUCCCAAAGAAAUCUCCAGCAACACCGAUGGCAACGCCAGUGACGAUGACUCCACCCAUGCCGGGAGUGUUACCAGUGCCUCUAACCAGAAAAAUCCAAAUAGCAACAGCAGCGUCAGUAGUGUCCGCAAUCCUGCCAACAAUUCGGCUCGAUUCAUGCAUGAGUAUUUCAGACGAGGAAUGCCCGAGCUAUUGUCCAAGAUUCAAAGGUCGACGGCAAAACCCAAAGUAGCAUCGAUGGAGCCAGAAGACUACGAAGCUCUUCACAAACAAAUUACAGAACUCAAGAGCCAAAUAUCCCAAAUGGAGUCCCAAGUGGACCGCAAGGUCGAACAAGCGGUGCAAUUGGUUCGAAGUGACUACAUGACCAAGGUGACACAAUUAGAAGCCGCCUACCAAAGUUUAGUCUCGGUGGUUUCCUUAUUACUCAACGGAAAACCGACUUUGCGUCUGAGCGCAGGAGGUCCUUCUAGCGCCUUCUCGCCCUUGCAACAACAUCUAUAUAAGAAUGUAUAA